UAGGCUAUAAACAGCAAUCGUAGGCCAUAGGCAGAGGCAAAGCCUCGGUUCCCAAGCCAAGCAGGAAACUUGAUCUUAAAGAAAUUAGAUUCGAAUUCGAUUGCAAUGGCCGCUGUAGGAAUCGAAACUAAGCAGGUGGAAUCGGUCGUGGCGGAGGAGGCAUGCUCAGCUAAAGGGGCAUCGAAGCAAGGAGAGGGACUCAGGCAAUACUAUCUCCAACAUAUCCAUGAACUACAGCUCCAAGUCCGACAAAAGACUCACAAUCUCAAUCGCCUUGAAGCCCAGCGCAACGAACUCAAUUCAAGAGUUAGGAUGCUUAGAGAAGAAUUACAGCUGCUUCAGGAGCCUGGAUCUUAUGUUGGUGAAGUGGUCAAAGUGAUGGGCAAAAAUAAGGUUCUUGUAAAGGUCCAUCCAGAGGGGAAAUAUGUUGUUGAUAUAGACAAAAACAUUGACAUCACCAAGAUCACACCAUCAACAAGAGUAGCACUUCGUAAUGAUAGCUACGUUCUUCAUUUGAUUUUGCCAAGCAAAGUAGAUCCACUUGUCAACCUCAUGAAAGUUGAAAAAGUUCCAGAUUCUACAUAUGACAUGAUUGGUGGUCUUGAUCAACAAAUUAAGGAGAUAAAGGAGGUCAUUGAGCUUCCUAUCAAACACCCUGAAUUAUUUGAGAGUCUUGGAAUAGCUCAACCUAAGGGUGUCUUACUAUAUGGACCACCUGGUACGGGAAAAACACUAUUGGCUAGAGCAGUGGCUCAUCAUACUGAUUGUACUUUCAUCAGGGUUUCUGGUUCAGAAUUGGUUCAGAAAUAUAUUGGAGAAGGCUCUAGAAUGGUUAGAGAACUCUUUGUCAUGGCAAGGGAACAUGCUCCAUCAAUCAUUUUUAUGGAUGAAAUAGACAGCAUUGGGUCUGCUCGGAUGGAAUCUGGAAGUGGCAAUGGUGACAGUGAGGUGCAAAGGACUAUGUUGGAACUUCUCAAUCAGCUUGAUGGAUUUGAAGCAUCAAACAAGAUCAAGGUUUUGAUGGCCACAAAUCGGAUUGAUAUUCUUGAUCAAGCUCUCCUUAGGCCUGGACGAAUUGACAGGAAGAUCGAAUUUCCAAAUCCUAAUGAAGAGUCUCGUCUAGAUAUCCUUAAAAUUCAUUCAAGGAGAAUGAAUUUAAUGCGUGGGAUUGAUUUGAAGAAGAUUGCCGAGAAGAUGAAUGGUGCAUCUGGUGCGGAGCUAAAGGCGGUGUGCACUGAAGCUGGUAUGUUUGCUCUAAGGGAGAGGAGGGUGCAUGUAACACAGGAAGAUUUUGAGAUGGCAGUUGCCAAAGUGAUGAAGAAGGAGACGGAAAAAAACAUGUCAUUGCGGAAGUUGUGGAAAUAAUUACUCUUUUGUUAUCUACUUGGUUGUUUGAGCAAGUAUUCAAUUAGUGCUACAUUUGACUCGUUGCUUGGCUGUUUGUUAACAAGGUUACCAUCAUUUAGAUUUGCAAUCUGAGGGAGGGAAAACGCAAUCUUUUUCUUGUGUGAAGUAGUUACUUCAGUUAAUUGGUGUAUUUGUUUAUUUAUAGGAAAGAAAAAGGAAAAAAAUAGGUACUUCAUAAA